AUGCUGCGCUCCUCUAUUUCAUCGGGUCGGCAGCUGCUGUCGUCUCCCGUUCGCCAACGAGUUCCCGCCCAAUGGCUGUCCAAGGCCGGCGCAAGCACUCGGCUCUCGGGCCAGCGCUUUUUCGCUGAUGCGAAGCCUCCGACCCCGGCUACCCCUUCUUCCGAAUCGUCUAUCCCCAGAAAUGACAUCCCCAAGCCCUUGGAGCAAGAAUCCAAAGCUCCCUCAUCCUCACCAAAAGUAGCCCCCCAAAAGACCGGUCGUUUCCGCCGAUUCCUUCUCUACCUGAUUCUCUCUUCCGGUAUCGCAUACGGUGGCAGUAUCUUCCUCGCUCUCAAGUCCGACAACUUCCACGAUUUCUUUACCGAGUACAUCCCCUACGGCGAGGAGUGCGUUCUCUAUUUCGAAGAGCGUGACUUCUACCGCCGAUUCCCCAACGCUUCUCGGGCCUCUAAUCGCAUCCACGCCAUUCCCAAGGACGAGGGCAAGCCGGUUACAAUCCCCAGCAAGAGCGGUCUAUCCUGGAAUGUGGCAAGGGUUGAAGAUACUGGCAGUGACGCCUCUAAGGCUGGAUCUCAUACUGCUGCCAAGGCUGAGGAAGCCCAGACCAAGACUGAGGCUUCUAAGCCCGAGCAGCGUACCGCUGCUGUGAAGAAGGCUAAGGAGGACAAGGCCAACAAGGAGUCUUCUACGGAGCCUACUAAGACUGUCUCUUUGGACGAGCCUAGGAAGCCAGCUGUUGAUGCUGCGGGAUCCAUUGGCCUCCUUCAGCACGAGGAGGGUGAUGAGCCUGUCGUCCAAGAGCUGGUCAAGACCUUUAACGACAUCGUUUCUGUCAUUAGCGCCGACGCGAACGCUGGUCACUACUCCGCAUCCAUUGCCAAGGCCACGGAGAAUCUACAGAAGAUCGGCGACAAGAUCAACUCCAUCCGUUCCGAGGCUAAGAACGCCGCCGAGGAGGAGAUCAAGAAGGCCCAUGCCACCUUCGAUGAGGCUGCACAGGAGCUCAUGCGCCGAUUUGAGGAGACCCGCAACAUGGAUCUUGCUCAGUUCCGAGAGGAAUUCGAGACCGAGCGUGAGAAGCUUGCCUCCGCUUACCAGGAGAAGAUCAAGACCGAGCUUAGUCGCGCUCAGGACCUCGCCGAGCAGCGUCUGAAGAACGAGCUUGUGGAGCAGGCCAUUGAGCUGAAUCGCAAGUACAUCCACGAGGUCCAGGACUUGGUCGAGCGUGAGCGUGAAGGUCGUUUGGGCAAACUGAACGAACUGAGUGCCAACAUUGCAGAGCUCGAGAACUUGACCACCGGCUGGGGUAGCGUUAUUGAUACUAACCUGAAGACCCAGCAACUCCAGAUCGCCGUGGAUGCUGUCCGUACUGCCCUGGAGCGUGCUGAGGUACCUCGACCUUUCCUCCGCGAAUUGGUUGCUGUCAAGGAACUGGCUGCCGAUGACCCCGUGGUUGACGCUGCCAUCGCCUCCAUCAACCCCACUGCCUACCAGCGUGGUAUUCCCUCAACCGCCAUGAUCAUUGAGCGUUUCCGCCGCGUGGCCGGAGAGGUUCGCAAGGCCAGUCUCCUCCCCGAGGAUGCUGGUAUUGCCAGCCACGCUGCCAGCAUGGUUCUCAGUAAGGUUAUGUUCAAGAAGGACGCCCUUGCCGACGGUGACGAUGUUGAGAGCAUUCUCGUCCGCACUGAAAACCUGUUGGAGCAGGGUAAUGUGGAUGCUGCGGCCCGUGAGAUGAACACCCUCCAGGGCUGGGCUAAAAUUCUGAGCAAGGACUGGCUGGCCGACGUUCGCAGGGUUCUUGAAGUCAAGCAGGCCCUCGAGGUUAUUGAGACUGAGGCCCGCCUCCAAUGCCUGCGCGUAGAAUAA